GGAGAAAAACCCAAACAGAAAGAUUUAAAUAAAAAAAGAGCCAAGGAAUAUUUCACCUGCACUCAGUGUGGAAAAAGUUUUACAAACAAACGUACUCUUGACCUUCACAUGAGAGUUCACACUGGAGAGAAACUGUUCACAUGUGAUCAGUGCGGGAAGAGUUUCACACAAUCAUCAAGCCUUAAGAUUCACAUGAACAUCCACACUGGAGAGAAACCGUGCACAUGUGAUCAGUGCCGGAAGAGUUUCACACACGCAUCAACUCUUAAGAAUCACAUGAACAUCCACACUGGAGAGAAACCGUGCACAUGUGAUCAGUGCCGGAAGAGUUUCACACACGCAUCAACUCUUAAGAAUCACAUGAACAUCCACACUGGAGAGAAACCGUGCACAUGUGAUCAGUGCCGGAAGAGUUUCACACACGCAUCAACUCUUAAGAAUCACAUGAACAUCCACACUGGAGAGAAACCGUGCACAUGUGAUCAGUGCCGGAAGAGUUUCACACACGCAUCAACUCUUAAGAAUCACAUGAACAUCCACACUGGAGGGAAACCGUACACAUGUGAUCAAUGUGGGAAGAGUUUCACACACUCAUCAACUCUUAAGAAUCACAUGAACAUCCACACUGGAGAGAAACCGUACACAUGUGAUCAGUGCGGGAAGAGUUUCAUACAAAAAGGACAACUUUCAGCACAUACGAGAGUUCAUACUGGAGAGAAACCAUUCACUUGUGAUCAGUGCGGGAAGAGUUUCACAAAAUCAGCAAAUCUUAAGGAUCACAUGAACAUCCACACUGGAGAGAAACCGUACACAUGCGAUCAAUGUGGCAAAACGUUUUUGUGGGCUUCAGUCCUGAAGAAACACCUGACGGUUCAUACAAAGGAGAAGCCACAUUCAUGUUAUUUAUGUGGAAAGGGCUUUUCAUGUCUACAAAAUUUGGAAAUACAUCAGAAAAUACAUACUGGUGUGAGAGAUUACAUGUGCUUUGAGUGUGAAAAGACUUUUAUUUCAGCAAACUGUUUAAAACAGCACCAGAGGAUUCACUCUGGAGAAAAACUUUACAAGUGUUCACACUGUGACAAGAGAUUCAGUCAGUCAGGAAGCCUGAAAACACAUGAGAGGAUUCACACUGGAGAGAAACCUUACAAGUGUCCACACUGUGACAAGAGAUUCAUUCAGGUAUCACAUCUGAAAAUACAUGAGAGGAUCCACACUGGAGAGAGACCGUACAAGUGUUCACACUGUGACAAGAGAUUCAGACGGUCAGAACACCUAAAAAUACAUGAGAGGAUUCACACUGGAGUCAAAUUUUAUAUGUGACCCUGGACCACAAAACCAGUCAUAA